UUGUAAAACAUGGUUACAAUAUUUUACGCCGAACCCGAAUUAGUCAUUGGACUUAAUCGCAAGAUCUUGUUUUUAAAUCCAAAUGAUUUGCAAAUUUUCAAGGAAAUCGAGCUGUCCAAGGACUUGACUACAUGUGGUCUGAAAUCAGCCGACGAACCACCGCCUGCCGCCAAUGACACAAAUGAGACGACCAUCACCAGCGAUGAGAAAGCAGCAGCUGCUGCUUCUGGUAAUGCAGGGGGUGCGGUAGUGGAAGUGAGCAUACAGCAAGUGUGUUACUCACCGGACCGACAGUUUCUGGCUUUGACAACAGCCGGACAAAAGGCAUUAUUACUCUACAAAAGCCGACCAGAACAUGCGAAACUGCUCUCGGUGCGAUCCUUGGCGCGUGCGUCUAGCGCUCUUGCCUUUGCCAGCGACAGCAGCUCUGUGUUGGUCGCUGACAAGACUGGGGAUUGCUAUCAGUAUGACUGCUGCGAUGUAGAGGCAACGCCACGAAUGCUAUUCGGGCACUUAAGCAUUGUGUAUGACAUUUUGUGGACACCGGAUCAAGGACACAUCAUUACAUGCGAUCGCGAUGAUAAGAUACGUGUUACUAAUUACCCUGCCACCUACGACAUACACAGCUAUUGCUUGGGCCACAAGGAGUUCGUGUCGAGCCUAGGCCUACUACAAGAGAGGGACCUGAUCUCCGUUUCGGGUGACAAGACGCUGCGUGUGUGGAACUACAUUGAGGGCAAGCAGCUUCUGGAGCAUGAGCUGCCGGCGCCGGCAGUGCGUUUGCAAAUGGAUGCGCUGGAAGGGGGCAAGCGAUACCAAUUGGCCAUACUCUUCUAUGACCAUAGCGAUGCCUUGGGACUGUACGAUCUGGAGCGGUCUGCGGAUCAGAGCUGGUCAGUAGUUAGUGAACGAUUCGUGCGUGCCGAUGCUGGUUCAUGGAACUUCAGCAAUUUCGCCAUCGCCGAUAAUCGCAUUUAUGUUGCGGGAGCGACGGAUGAACGUCUCUCGCUGCGCGUCUACAACAGAAAUGAUGGCGAGGCGGCGACCUCUGUGCCCGCUGGCUGGCUGGAUAUGGUGCAUGAACAGUUUUCCGAAGAUGUUUGCAUUCCCGAGGACCUGUCUGUGUGGUUCAAGAAGCGGUACGACAACAUCAGCGAAUACAUGGAGCGCAAAAAACGCCGUAUUGAAGACAAGCAGCAGAAAUGUUGACAGAAACACAAUUUUCUAUCUCUUUCUAUUUAGCAACAUUUAUUUUUAUACGAUGAAGAUAUUAAAUGUAAUUAUGUUUGUGUGAUUUAA